AUGGCCAUUCGACGUUGGAGCGGCUGGCAGCCUGUGAACCUCGGGGGCAAAUUGUGGAACGCCAUCAGCACUAAUUAUCAUCUAGGGUUUACCUCAUUUGGUGGUCCACCAGUGCAUUUCAAGAUUUUCCAUGACAAAUUCGUCCAGAAGCUGCAAUGGAUCGAUGCGCAAGUAUACCAAGAGUUAUUUAGUGUAUGCCAGGCAUUCUCCGGUCCUGGUAGCACCAAAAUGCAUUACUGUAUCAACCUCAUCCACGACGGUUUCCUCCCUGCCUUACUAGGCUUUUUCAUCUGGAGUUUACCCGGCGCCCUCGGAAUGUACGGCCUCUCUAUCGGCGUCUCUAACAUUGGAGACUCCCUCCCAGGACCCGUGUAUGCGCUCCUCUCCGGCCUCAACGCUUCGACCGUCGGCAUCAUCGCAGUCGCCGCCGUCCAACUAUCAGAGAAAGCCAUCACCGAUAGGAUGACCCACAUACUCGUCUUCCUCGGAGGCGCGGCCGGCAUUUUAUACAACGCACUGUGGUACUUUCCCUUUUUGAUGUUCCUGGCGGGCAUCGCAACCGUCGUCCAUGACUAUCGCUGGCUUCACGGCCCAAUGAAGGCCGCCUUGGCGGUUGUGAAGAACCCCAGGAGGCGACGCCCGGCAGAAGUAACGGAAUCCGUCGAGCUUUGGCAGGCGCAGUCUGGCAACGAGGAGAACACUGUUACCAACACUGCUACUCAUCCCGGUGCUACUCGGAAUGAGGCAGAGACGCGCGCAAGCCGAGGUAACGAUACCGAAACUCUUCCGAUUUCUGAGAACGAGCGUCGAGAGGCCGAGCCGGAACCCCGCGUCGUCCCACCAGAACGCACCCUCAAUUCCUCCUGGACCUUCGGCCUCGGCAUAAUCGUCUUCUUCCUCGUUACCUUCAUCGUCAUCAUGGUCCUCCGCGGCGUGUUGCCUGUCAAGUCGCUACUCUUCAGCUUCUUUGCAAACAUGUACCUCGCAGGAACUAUCAUCUUCGGCGGAGGCCCCGUCGUCAUUCCCCUGCUUCGCGAAUACGUCGUCGCCGAAGACUGGGUUAGCCCGCGAGACUUCCUCAUCGGCCUCGCCAUCCAGCAAAGCUUCCCCGGGCCUAACUUCAACUUUGCCGUAUACCUCGGCGCCCUGACUGCGAUCAACGGUGGUUACAACUCGGCUGCCGGGGCAGCGCUCGGAUUCAUUGGCAUCUUUGCCCCGGGCCUUAUUACCGUUCAUGGCACUAUGGGUAUAUGGAGUGCUAUCCGCGGCCUGAGGUGGGUAAAGUCGCUCCUUAGAGGCGUUAACGCUGGUGCCGUCGGGCUCAUUUAUACUGCGGUCUACCGCCUGUGGCAAAUCGGUUACAUAGACGAAAGUUUCCAGCAGGGCACAAGUCUCGCGGAGGAGCCAUGGUGGGUUGUCGUGACGGCAUCGAGCUUUGUCUUCGGCUACUCCUUUGGCGUAAGCCCUCCGGUUGCCAUCGUCAUGGGUGCUGUGUUGGGACUUGUUUGGUAUGCAGUUGUCAGGGCUUAA